CAACAUUAGACCCAUUGACUUUUAAACAACUUUUCAUUUAAUAAGUUUCUCAAUUCUAUAACAGCCGUCUGAUUUCUUAAUUUCAUCGAACAAAUAUGUUUUCAACAAAUAGCAUUUUUUUAUAUGCUUUACGUUGUUAAACAACACUUUUAUUUGGGCUCCCAAGAUAACUGGAACUCUCAAAUCUAUUGUCAGUCAACCAUGUUACAGAAGAGCGCCACUGUUUCAGAAAAUGCAAUUCAAGGCGAAAGAAGUACACGCACCCUCUCCUCUCUAUUUACAAACCCACUUCCAAUCUCAUCACCAAAAUCCAAACCCAAGAACACGAACACAAAAACUAACCCUUUUUUGGGUACAAACCAGGUGGAGUAUCACGUGAAGAGCCAGUGUAAAUUAGGUAUAAUCAACCUCCAAAACGCACAACAAUACUUCCAUCAACUAAUCGAAGCUAAAUCGAUUCCUUUAAUCGAUACAUUUAAUCACUUAUUAACUUCAGUUUCCAAGUGCAAGGGUUACCCUUUAGUGUUUUCUAUGUAUAAACAGUUAAAUUAUAAAGAAAUUAAGCCUGAUUUGUAUACUUUAAACAUUUUGAUUCAUUGUUGUAGUCGCAUGAGGAAAUUAAAAUUUGGGUUUGGUGUGUUCGGUGGUAUUUUAAAGAGGGGUUUUGAGCCUGAUGUGAUUACGGUUACCACUUUGCUUAAGGGUUUGUGUUUAAAGGGUAAAGUUUUUGAUGCGGUUAAGGUGUUUGAUAAAAUGAGUGAAACAGGGUUUCAAGGUGAUGUUUUCAUAUAUGGGCUUCUUAUUAAUGGCCUUUGCAAGAUUGGUGAGAUGGAUUUUGCUCUUGAGUUGCAUGGGAGGAUGAAUUGUGAAGCAAAUGUGAUCACUUACAGUUUGAUUAUUGAUGGUCUUUGCAAAAAUGGGUGUGUUGAUGAGGCAAUAAAAAUAUUCUUGGAAAUGAUAAGAAAAGGAAUUAACCCUGAUGUUAUUGUUUAUAGUUCAUUGAUUAACGGGCUGUGUAGUUUCCGUCGAUUGAAGGAGGCUUUUGAAUUUUUUGAUGAAAUGGUUGGUCAAGGGAUUUCUGCGGACUUAGUUACUUAUAACUCAUUGAUUCAUGGUUUUUGUCAAAUGGGAAUGCGGAGUGAAGCCAAAAGGGUUUUUGAUCAAAUGAUGGGAGAAGGAAUUUCACCUGAUGUUGUAACAUACACAGUUUUGAUAGAUUGUCUAUGCAAAGAGGGAAAGGUGGGAGAAGCUGCGGACAUUUUAGUUUUGAUGAUUAAGCAAGGGAAGGAUCCUAACUUAUUCACUUAUAAUUCACUCAUAAGUGGUUUGUGUUUGGCUGAUCGACUCGAUGAUGCUGAAAAAUUGUUUGAGUUGAUGGUGGAUAGAGGUUUUCAGCUCAAUGUAUAUAGCUACAACAUCAUGAUGGAUGGCUAUAGCAAGAGUUGGAAGACUGAUAAAGCAAUUCACCUCUUUCAAGAAAUGCGUAUAAGGGGAGUGAACCCCAAUACAGUGACUUACAACACACUCAUAGCUGGACUUUUUCGGGCUGGGAGAAUAAGAACAGCACAAAAGCUGUUUAAUGAGAUGCCUACUGCUGGUAUAUCUCCAGUAUUAGCUACAUAUGCAGUCACGCUGAAUGGGCUCUGUCAAAAUGGCCACAUUAAGGAGGCAUUGGAUGUGUUUAACUCCCUUGAGAGUGACAAAUAUGAACCGACUAUCGAGAUUUUCAGUAUACUCAUUGAUGGUAUGUGUAGAGUAGGUAGACUGGACGAAGCAAGACAGAAGUUUGAUGAAAUGUCAAAGAAAGGCUUGGUUCCUGAUGUUGUAACAUAUAACAUAAUGAUCAAUGGCCUCUGCAAGAAAGGGAUGUUAAUGGAGGCUGAUAAGUUGCUUCUUCAAAUGGAAGAAAAGGGAUGUUUACCAAACUCUAUUACAUUCAACACCAUCAUUCAAGGCUUUCUUCAAGAAAAUGAUGUUAACAAAGCAAUGCAACUUCUUGAAAAAAUGCGAAAUAGGAAUUUCUCACCAAAUGAAGCAGUCUUUUCAAUGCUACUACACCUUGUUGUGGAGGAUGCCGGAUGCCGUGCAAUCAUUGAGUCACUUCCAAAUGUCUCCCGCUGUUCUUCUGUAGAUUCUGUACCAUGGGGCGGAGAAGAUCCCACUAGAUCAGUAACCAUAUCUUCAUCUGUGACAUGAUCAAUUACUUUAUUUUAUUUUUUUCAUUUUUUAAGAAUAUCUAAACUUCAUGUUAAUAAAGUUGUACAUUUUUCACUGCAAAUCAUUUUUAA